AUGUGUGUAUGUGUGUGUGUGUGUGUGUGUGUGUGUAUUGAUUGUAUAUAUAGGAAGUGGGAUUCCAGCAACGGUGGACCAUUGAUCUGUCUCGAAAGAAGAAAAUCUGGUUUGACACACUCGACUUUUCAACUACCACUUCGUCCCCGUAUGUUCAGUCGUAGCAUCAGUAUGUCGUCGUCAUCGUCGUCGUCUCAAAAUUUCAUUCGCUACAACAGGCUUGGUAAUAGAGACGAGACGCUGCAUCCAGGCUUUGAAUUUCGUAAAUCACCAUUGCAUUCUCAUGAGCGUCCUGGCGCCAUAGAGUGUCACAAUGACACUUACGACAACGUUGGUGUGGAGUCGUAUGCGUGGCAAUUCCGUGGAUGCUUCGACGCAGAUCUCACCGAGGACUCCGCUGACACCGGCAACGUAACAGACCUGGAGGCCACCGCCAAUACGCCUAAUUCAUUGUCUCCCAGUCUGACGUCCACUUUUGUAUCCGGAUCCGAUGUGCAACCUUCUCUACGGCCCGUGCUGGACAUGGCUGGCCUAGCGUUGGAACGCACCUGUCCCAUGCCGGACAUGGACAACGAAUCGGACCUUUCAAGCUAUUCACCAGCAGAGCUAUCCCUGAAUCACAACGCUUUGCCAUUGACCACAUCUCAAAUCAGCACUCCAGCCGUCUCAGUGAUAAAGCCAGAACCAUGCGUUUUGCAACUUCCGCAUAAGAACUCAAAACCCAUCAAACCUGUGAACCGGUCAUGUCGCAAUGUUUGGUGCGAGAAAAGCGACAUGGCUUUACUCAAAACCAUGCUAGCUACUCAAGAACUACUCCACAACGUUUUCAAACGUCGGCCUCGUAGUCGCUACUGGGCUUGCAUUAGUGAAAGCCUCGCGACCAAAAAUCAUAUGCACCGGAACAAACGUCAGUGUCGCGAUCGCUUCAACCUUAUCUAUUGGAAAGCAGUUCGCGACAAGAAUCAAGACAAGCCAGCUGGUAAUAAGAGCGAACUGGAAAAACUAAAAACUGAAUACAUGGGUCGUUUCUUCAUCGACAAAGACAACAAUGUAAUGUUGAGAACACCCGAAGAUGGCGAUGCCGGUGAGUUGUCUAUACCACAUGAGGACGUCAAAAACGGUGAAACAUCGACUGCCGAUUUGAAAAAUCCAUGGCAUAUUUUUGCCAGCCUUCAAAAAUCCGUCGUACAGCUCACAGAAAGACUUGACAGUCUUCAUGAGGAAUUGAAUACUCAGAGAGAAGUGAUCAGACACUACGAACAAAACCACGCUUUCAACCUACACGAACAACAGCAACAGCAACAGCAACAGCUACCAUCACAAUCACACCCAGAGUUAUCGUUGCGUUCGGAUUACGAUCGUUACGCCGGCGAUCAAGGCAUUGCAAACAGCAUCCGGUGGUAA